AUGCUUUCACGCAUCCUUUUGAAGACAUACGGUCUUCUUGAUGCUGGGGCGUGCAAGGGAGCUGAGUCUGAUACGGCGCAAGCAUAUAUCAACGAAUGUGAGACUGGAGAAGCUAACUGUGAGCAGAAAUGUAUCAAUAUUCCCGGGUCAUACCAAUGCAUUUGCGAUCGAGGGUAUACAGUAGAUAUUGACGAGUGUGCUCUCGGCGAAUGUCAAGGCAAUGAUCGAAUUUGCGUCAACACUCUUGGUCAGUUCAAGUGUCAUGAGAUUAGAUGCCCAGAGAACUACGUUCACGACGUCAAUUAUAAGAAUCGUUGUAAUCGCCUUCGUUCGAUUUGCGGUGGACUAACCGAAGCUGCAUGUAAAUCUCGUUAUCCGGUACACAUUACUUGGCAGUACAUAGCGAUUCCUAAAGGGAUCGCCAUCACAUCGCAUCGCCCAACCAUCACAUUGUUCACCAUCAAAGGACCGGCACACAACGAUUCGAUCGUACAGUUCGAGCUGAAUCUCAAGCGCGCUAUUCCG